AUGAGGAAUCUUGCCAAUGCAUUAGCCAAUGGAACUUUACUAGAUUGUACUUAUAAUGAUGCGAUUGGAAUUCUUGAGAGAAUUGCUCAUAAUGAUUAUCAAUUCCUUAUCUCUAGAGUUACACAAGCAAAAACUACUCUGGGAGUUAUUGAAUUGAAUGCAAUCUCUGCACUUAGUGCUCAAUGCACACAGGCUUCUUCUUCUGACCUAUUAGCAGCUCUUGAAGCUUUAAUGCAGGAGCAUAUGACUCACAUAAAAGCUAUUGUUGAAGGCUAUUCAUCUUUUAUUCAGGCAUUGGAGGCACGACUAGGACAACUUGUUUUGAAUCUGAAUAGUCGAUCUCCAAUCACGCUACCUAAUGACACGAAAAUUCUCAGUUCGAGGGAAAAAGAACACUGCAGGGCUAUCACGCUUAAAAGUGGUGAAGUGAUCCAUAGUGAGAAGGUUGAAUCUGAAGAGCUUGUCGAUGUACCAGACAAAGUAGUUCAACAAAUUGUCACUCAUAUGCCUAAUGUCCAACCCUUGAAACUAUCAACGCAAUCAAGAGUGGAGAAUGAGCAGGAUAAGCAGUACCAACAGUUCUUGAACACACUGGAGCAACUUCAAAUCAAUAUUCCUUUAGUAGACGCUCUUGUGCAAAUUCUGAAUUAUGGGAAAUUUAUGAAUGAGCUUUUUUCUAGGAAGAAGAAGCUCAGUGAUAUGGAAAUUAUUGCACUCACAGAAGUCUGUAGUGCUAUUUUGACAAAUAAGUUGCCCCCUAAAAUGAAAGAUCCAUGGAGCUCUACUAUCCCAUGUUCAAUUGGCAACCAUUAUUUGGUGACAUUGCAACUAGCUGAUCGAUCCUUGGCGCAAUCUGAAUGGCAAAUCAAAGAUAUCUUAGUUCGUGUGGAUAAGUUCAUUUUUUCAGCUGAUUUUAUCAUACUUGAUUGCGAGGCAGACAAGAAGGAUAAAGAAGAAUGCCAUACUGUCAAUGUGCUAGAUGAUCUAAUUGAGGAAAAAGUCAUUGACCAAAGUACAAUACUUUCUGAGGAGUUUGUAGUGACAGCUAAUGAUGAAUUCUUAGAUAAUUGUGAUAGCAUGGUUGAAGCUAAUAAUAUUGAACUCAGACAUGGAUGGCAGAUUAAAUCCUUAGACUUAGCUAACAGGAUAGCUCUAAUUUUCAAGCCAUCUAUUACUGAAGCUCGUACUCUGGAAUUGAAACCACAACCUAGUAAUCUUAAGUACGUCUUUCUUGGUGAUAACAAUACUCUCCUCGCUAUUGUCUUCGCAAUCAAUUGGGUAAGUCCAGUGCAACGCGUUCCUAAAAGGAGUGGCAUCACUGUGGUUAGAAAUGACAAAGACGAAUUAAUUCCUACACACAUUCAUACGGGAUGGCAAGUCUGUAUGGAUUAUCGUCAACUUAAUGCUGCCACAAGGAAGGACCAGUUUGCACUUCCUUUCAUUAACCAAAUGUUGGACAGGCUUGCUGGAAGAGCCUAUUACUGCUUCUUAGAUGGCUAUUCUGGGUACAAUCAAAUUGCUAUUGCACCAAAGGAUCAAGAGAAAAUAACUUUCACCUGUCCCUUUGGUACUUUUGCUUUUCGUCGUACGCGUUUUGGACUUUGCAAUGCACUACCCACAUUUCAAAGGUGCAUGAUGGAAAUAUUCUCGGAUAUGAUUCAAGACUCUUUAGAGGUGUUUAUGGAUGAUUUCUCAGUCUAUGAUAAUGAUUUUGAUUAUUGUGCUGACAAAUUGGAUAAAACGUUGCUAGUAAAUGCACCCAUUGUUAUUGCAACCGAUUUGUCUCAACCUUUUGAAGUUAUGUGCGAUGCAAGCAACUUUGUUGUGGGUGCUAUUCUAGGACAACGUAAGGGAAAAAUAUUUCAUGCCAUCUAUUAUGCUAUCAAAACUCUUGCAGAGGCUCAAAUAAACUAUACCACUAUACAGAAAGAAUCAUUGGCUAUAGUAUUUGCUUUCAACAAGUUUUGUUCUUAUCUUGUCGGUGCAAAGAUAAAAGACUGUAAGGGUUUAGAAAAUCAAGUUGCGGACCAUUUGUCUCGAUUGGAAGUCGGCAGCAAAGAUGGAAACAUACUUCAAAUUGUUGAUGAAUUCCUAGAUGAGAAGUUAUUUGCUAUAGAUGCAACCCCCUGGUAUGCAGAUCUGGUUAAUUAUCUAGUAUGUGGAAAACUCCCAUUGGGUGUCAUAGGUCAUAAAAAAGAAAGAUUACUUUGUGAAGUGGUGAAGUAUCAUUGGAAUAAUCCUUAUUUAUUCAAGCAGCCAAUUAUGGAGGUUGAAUUGUUCGAUGUUUGGGGUAUGGAUUUUAUGGGACCAUUUCCAAGUUCAUUUGGAAAUAUUUAUAUAUUAGUAGCUGUUGACUAUGUCUUGAAGUGGGUUGAAGCUGUUGCAGUCCCAAAGGAUGAUGAAUCUGCUAUUGAGGAGGAAGUUACUGUGGAAGAGAAAAAAAAUCGUGUUGAAAUCUUGAACGAGAAGCCUGAGGAAGAAAAUACUGAGCUAAAAGCUAUUGAGAAAGAAUCUGUUGAGGACAUUGUCAAUGCAUCCAAGUUUGUGAUUGCAAAUAAUGAUAAUCUGGAGUGA